CCGAAAUAAAACAAACAACGCCGAAAACAUGAGUCAUGAGCUUCUCCACUCAUCUCUCCCAACUUGGGAUCUCCACAACCUCGGAUCAGUCUUCGAUCGAGACUCCCCUAUAGAUACCUGUGAAAUAGUGGGAGAAUCGCCGGAGAAACUUUUUGGGUCGCCGGAGAUUGAAUUCUCCGGCGUAUCCACCGGCUACUUGGAAGACGCACUGAUCGAAUUCAGCGAGCGAAGCAAACGGAGACGUCUCUCUUUGUACUUCGACGACCAAGCCAAAGUGUUCGACGAUGUCUCACAGAACUACUGGGACCUGCCCGGGCAUUAUAGUUGCAUGAGCAGCCAGUUGGCUUCUCCUCACGGCCGUACAGUUCGUACACAUAUAGAUGAGUAUAAGAGAGGAAUCGGCUACGAAUCUCCGAACUCAACUUCUUCUUCGGACAAAUCUAUUCAAGACAUAUCCCCGGUUUGUCCAAAAGUUUCUCCGGAACCAACAUGCUCGUACUCCGGGAAUGGCGAGUCGAAGAAGAAACGACGAGUGGUUACGAGAGUAGUGUAUCCGUUUGCAUUGGUGAAGCCAGGAGGUCGGGAAGAGGACGUGACCCUAAACGACAUAAACGAGAGGAUUCUGAUGCGACCGACUCGGCCGGUUCGUCAUCCGGUCGGAGAUUUCGCAUGUCGGCCGUGCUUGUCGGCUCGAAGGCUCGGUCCCUCGGGAAAAGCCGUCGUGGCUCUCACGAGGAUUCAAACACAGGGGAGGGGGACAAUUACAAUUAUCAGGACAAAGGGGUGAAAUCUGUAAUAUUGAACAUUUUCUGGGGGUGUUUCGGAAAUCAUGGGGUUAGAGCCACUCAAUCGUUGGCUCUUUUGUU